AUGCAAUUCAUGGAUUCUAUUCUUGUGACGGAAUGCACGGGAGGAAAUGCAGAUUCUGGCGCAUACUGGCUUCAGCACGUUGACCUGGAUGUCCAGGCUUAUCAAUUACAUAUGCCCUUCGAGCAGGAAAGCUUCCAAACUACGGACGAUUUGAUCGAUACUAGUGAGGAUGGAUCGAAGGCGAAAGUGGUAACACUGCCAUGCAAGGAACUGGAUGGGCUCUGGGAGUCGUACGAACUACCGUGGUUUCUUCUUCUUCUUUCUCAUGCCCACGCCGAGGGUAGGCUUCUUCGUACUGACCCAGAAUGUGAACAGACUUCAAUUCGACGAGCCAAUCCAGACUACAAUCCUCCGCGCAGUAACCAGGAUGGGUGA